AUGGAAACUUUGAUCUGUUUUCGUAUUCAGUCCAUGGGUUAUCCGUUGCAUGUGUCCCUAGGUUUACUGUCUCUUGCAUCCACUGGUUAUCUUGCUCUUGCUGCCAUUGGUACUCUAUGCAACCCUACCAUUGGUUUUAUGGCUCUUCCAGCAUUUGUUGUGUCCAUUGGUUGUCUGGAUGUUGUUGCCAUUGAUGUUCGGUCUGCUUUGUCCAUUGGUUGUCUGGUUGCUGCUACCAUUGUUGUUCGGUAUGUUGUGUCCAUUGGUUCUCUGGCUCGUGAUGCUAUUGGUUUUCGAUCGCUUGCGUGGGUUCCUCUUCUGUCGCUUUUGUCCAACUACCUGAAUCCCCAGUACGUUUUAUAG